CUCUAAUCUCACAACACUGUUUCCCAGAGUGAAGAGUAGUAUACCUUAAAACCGGUUUUAUCAAGCCGGUUCAGUGCGAAAUGGAUAAUCUACUCUGCGAAGAGUCAUGGCCCUCGAGUCCUUUAACCCCGGAGCCUUUACCAAACUUCCGUCACAGUUCUCACGACAAUGACGUCGUGGCGAUGUAUCCAGAGAUAGACGCAGCGACGAUGGAGGAAGCCAUUGCUAUGGACUUAGAGAAAGAGUUAUGUUUUAGUAAUUAUGGAGACAAGUUUGUUGAAUUUUUCGUCUCUAAGAAGUUAACCGAUUAUAGGUUUCAAGCCGUUCAAUGGCUAAUCCAGACUCGGAGUCGGCUAAAUCUUUCAUUUGAAACGGUAUUUUCCGCCGUAAAUUGUUUUGAUCGGUUCGUCUAUAUGACUUGUUGUGACGAAUGGACGAAUUGGAUGGUGGAACUAGUUGCGGUAACUUCAUUAUCGAUCGCAUCAAAGUUCAAUGAAGUUACAACCCCAUUACUCGAAGAACUUGAAAUGGAAGGUUUAACUCAUAUGUUUCACGUCAAUACUGUUCUUCAGAUGGAACUUAUAAUUUUGAAAGCUCUCGAAUGGCGUGUAAACUCGGUUACGAGUUAUUCUUUUUCGCAAACCCUUGUGUCGAGGAUUGGUGUGGUAGGGGAUUACAUGAUGAUGAAUCGAAUUACAAAUCAUUUGAUGAAUGAUUUAUGCGAUUUGAAGAUUCUUCAAUAUCCACCAAGCGUUGUGGCAGCUGCGGCUAUGUUGAAUGUUCUGGAUGAAGAAAGGCUGAAAGAUAAUAUCAUGAAACUCUUUGGACAAGAACAAAAGGAAAAAAUUGAGAAAUGUGUCGAAGUGAUGAAAAAUCGAAACAGCGAUCAUCAAUUGUCUAUAAGAACAUCAUGUGAAGGGAAGAGUAUUUUGAGGUUGUUGCAGAGAGGUGAUGUGAUGAACAUGAAUGAUGACUAUAACGUUGAAAGUCUCUCUAAAAUAUUUCAGAUUUUCCGAUACGAAAACAAGAAGAGAGACAGAGCAAACCACCAAGACAACAUUCGUCCGGCAAAAAGAACGACAUUUGUAAUGUCAAACUACAUUUAGCACCUUACGAAAAGAAGACCACAAAGAGACAUGUUUUUUUUAAUUUAUUUUUACACAGAUUUAAACUCAAUUGUAAUGUACUCAUACAAUAUUGUUCGACAAUAAAAAUCACAGAUUUGAAUUUCUUA